AUGGCGAAGUGGCAGCUUCUCGGCGCCUGCAUGGCGAUGGCUCUCCAGUUAGUGGCCUCGAAGGCCGUUCCCGGAAACCUGGCAAGCUUCGUCAACCGCAUUCAGGCAGCGGGAAACUGUCAGAAUCCCAUCAGUGAUUCAUUCUUCGACAAAGACUCCGGCGGCGGCCGAUCAGGAUUCGUUUACUGCAAAGACAACGCCAACCCAGGCAUUGUAUUUAUCAAAGGCCCCGGCCGCGACCUCGCCGACAUGGAUGUAGACUGUGACGGCGCCCUUGGACCGGGAUCUGAUUGCAACUCCGGCGGUGACACCCAAGGGCAGACGUCGUUCAAGAACAUCGUCUCCACGUACGGCAUCUCGGACCUUGACGCUUCGCUCCACAGCUUCGUCGUCUUCGGCAACGACAAUUCCGGCAAUCUGCCUGGCUUCGGCACUUUCCGGCCGCAGGAUCACGGCAUCGAACCGCUGAGCAUCAUGGCGGUGGUCUGCAACGGGAAGCUGCUCUUCGGCGUAUGGGGUGACGAGAACGGCAACGACGGGCAGCACUCGGUGAUUGGCGAGGCGUCGCUCGGCCUCGGAAGACUGUGCUUCGGCGACGGCAUGUCCAACGAGAGCGGCCACGACGAGGCGGAUGUCAUGUACAUUGCCUUCAGCGGUGCGGAUGCUGUGCCGGGCAGAGACGGUGCGGCGUGGAAGGCGCGCAGCAGGGAUGAGUUCCAGAAUGAUCCCCGCUUCAACGCUUUGGGCGAUGCGCUGGUUCAGGGAAUUCAGGGGUAG